AGUGCAGCUGAAAAGAACAGACCGUGUGUAAACAGUUUUUUCUUAACCUAAGAUAAAGCGCAGAAAAACAAAACGAUUUAUUUGAUUUAUUAGACAGUUUUCUUCGAAUUUUCCCAAAGACUGAGUAAAUUUAUCGAUCGGAGAUAUCCGGAAGAUUUCUUUUCGAGAAACGCCUGCGAUAAAUAAAAAUGAGCGUAAACGAAGAUUGGGAUGUGGAACAACACAAAGUGGAAUACGAAUCCGACGAACACUGGGAAUUGAGACGUAAUUUCUUGUUGGCUCACAAAAACAAGUUCUCGGAAGAUGCGCUUGUUUGUUUAGCUCAAGUCUUUGUUAACGUUGAACUAUUAGGAUGCAGAUAUCCACAAGAAACAAUGGAUUUAGUAAAAGAAUUAUCAGAGAAUAUCGCAGCAAAGUAUAGAGAAAAGCAAAAGAAAAAGUUACAAAGAACAUUUGUGGAAGCUUCACAAGCAGCUAGCUCUAAGGUUAAAGGAUGCGUUGCUAGUACAUCUACUGUCACAGAAGAACGUAUAUUAAGUACACCUAAUAAUAUAUCAAAUACAACCAAGCAUAUAGAUCAACUUCAUCAAAACUGUAACUCCAAAAAGAGAUCAUUUCGUAAUAUAAAUAAAUCAGGAAAAUUAAGUACAACCAAUUGCAACUAUGAAUCUUGCGAAAAAUCUAAUAUCAAAAGGUCAUUUCCUAAAAAAUUAAAAACAGAGAAAAAUAUACUGAGAGAUAAUCCAUAUAGAGAUAUUAUUUUAUGGGAAAGAUCAGAUGACAUACCACAAAGUACACUAGGAAAUUCAGCCAGUAUAUCUGGUGUUAACCUUGACUGGAAAUAUUCUAUGACGGAAGGAAUCUGGGAAUGUUCCAUUUACAUCAAUUCAAAAAAAGUUGCAUGUUACACCAAUUCCAAUAAAAAAACUGCCAAAAAUGAAGCAGCCAUUGCUGCAUUAAACGAAUUACGAAAGCAUUGCUAUACUAUUAAGGUUAAACAAAACUUAGACUCUAAAUCGAACGUAACUGUAACGACAAAAGAAAUGAAGCCGCAAGAAUGCAUGCCUGACAACGAUUGGAAAGCAUCCAGUAGUUGUAUCGGAGAAGAGUUAAUGAGAAGAAUGGGUUGGACUGGUGGUGGUCUCGGAAAAUCGGAGCAGGGUGUUAUAGAACCCAUGUCUGCAAUAGUAAAACCACAAAUAAGCCGAAAAGGUCUCGGCUUGAAAUCCAAUUCGUGCACAGCGAACGAAAUGAAAGCGAAAUGUCGGAAUUUGUUUAAAGAUUUUUUGCAGACCGAUAUGCAAAACGAUAUUGUGUUCUUAGAUUUUACCAAUGAGGAAAGAUCGGUGAUCCAUCAAAUUGCACGAACAAUGGGCCUUAAAUCGCGUAGCUACGGUUCUACAGAUCAACGGAAACUGAUAGUUUCGCGUAAAAUCGAUGUACGAACUUUAGUUAGAGAAUUAAAGAGCCUCGGUGGAAUCACUGAAAAGUACGAAUUAAUGGAACCGACUGACGAAAAAUUCAUCUCGUCCACUUCAAUGGACAGUUGAGCGAAAUAUUGUUUUAUGUUUAAAUAAUAUCUUCUGUGACAUACUGAUGUAGCAACUUGGACUGUUAAAUAAAUAGAGAAUUUUUUCAGAAGUCUUUCUGAAAAAUUAAUAUUUUA